AUGUCCCCGGUGACUCGCCGACGAUCUGCCCGUCUGGCCAGCAGUGUGGCCAAGGCCAAGGCUACGCCCGAGCUGUCCUCUGUAGCGGAGCGCGAGGAGACGCCAGUUCGCAACGCGUCCAAAGCCCUCGACAAUGUCCUGUCGCCUACUCCCGCCGCCCGGCGAACGCCAGCGACGCCCGUGUCCUCGGCUUUGAAGCCCCCGCACGACGAGAUGCAUCCGAGCAAGGCCCAUCCCACGACGAGCAAGCCUGAUAUCGCCCUUCAUCUCGGCUUCUCCGACAUUGCUUCCAGCAGGGAGCGCGGACUGACCGCCACGCCGUCCAAGAUCAGUGGGGUGCCGUCCUCCUCCUUCACCUUCCACGUCGGCUCCGAUACGGGCCUGAGCGGCGAUGCCCAGCGGAUGAUGGAGGAGAUCCGCAACAAGGCAGCCAAGAUCAAGGAGAGCCUGGUGGCGAAGAGGGAGGCCGAAGCCGAUCCGAGCAACGUGCACGGCCGUGUCAUUGCUCAGCCCAAGGGCAAGUCUGGACGCUUCAGUGCCGCGCACAUGGCCGAGUUCAAGAAGAUGGAUUCCAUCGAAGGCCAUGCGUCAGCUUGGCGAGCCCAGAAUGGACGCUUCACGCCAAUCAAGUCGAGCCUGAAGCGCUCGCCCUCCAAGGCGGAGCUUGACGGCACGCCCGUGGGUCAGAACUCGGCCGUGAAGGCGUCUGCAUCCAAGGCACGUCCCGACGCGACACCGCAGCGACCCAAGCUUAGCUUGAAGCGCACCUCUACCGCCGCGAAUCUGGACAACGACACCCCCAGACGCGUCGUGCGCAAGGAUGCAAGCAGUGCGGCUGCGCCCGAGAAGCCCGUCUCCCUUGCUCGAGACGGAUACGCGUCCUCUGCAAAGAGGCUUAAGAAGCGACAGGAGGACGACGCGUCGAGCGUUCGGCCCGUCUCACGAGGCAACAACACCACGGGUUUGGCAAAGUCGUAUUCUGGUCUGGCGCGUCUCAUGAGCCCUACCAAGGCGUCGUUGGCUCAGUCUGCUACUCCUGUGAAACCGACCAUCAGUCUGGUCCCGUCGGGAGCCAACACAGAUAUCCCCCGACUGACAAAGUCGGUGUCGACGACGAGCAUCGGCUCCGUCUCACGAACUGCGGAUCUCAAGCGCCGUAUCAUUAGUCCCACUCGCUUCCAGAAGGUCAAGUCGAUCCUCCGUGGCCAGAAGCACGACGCGGAGGAUGGCAAGAGCGCCAUUCCUCAGCCGGCGGCCCUCGGAUCGCUGACUCCGGGCCCGGCCCGCAUCGACAAGGAGCUACCGCCCAUUCCCCUUACGACCCCUCGCCGCAAGUUGACGAAGCGCGUGGCGUUCACCCCUGACACGGCCAAGGCUGCCAUCUCCGAAGACUCACCAUCGCCCAAGAAGGUAACCUUCUCUGCGGGAAGAGCCCCCCUGCGUGCCCUGGACGCCGAAUACCCGGAGCUCGACGAGCACACGACGCUGUCAAAGUCCAGCAACGGCCUCUAUCCGGACCUGUCGCCCCUGAAGCGCCUCAUCCAGCCCCAAUCGGCCGAUGGUAAGGCUCGGACCGCGUCCGUCCCUGGCAAGUUCACCUUCCGCAGUGACCACACCAUCAAGUUUGGAGACUCGUCGGCCAACGGAUUCGGCGCGUCGCCCGGACAGGCGAGCAUUCGCCACGUACGCCACUCGGUCUUGCCGGCGUCGAGCAUGCCUGGUAGCUUUCCUGCUCCGCCUUCUCCCAGCUCCCACCCUAACAAGGAGAAUACAGCCCCCCCGCUGCCCAAGUUGCUGCCUGGCACGGCUCAUGGAAUCGCGAACAAGAAGCGCCACCGCGCAAGCUCGGACGAGGAGGAUGCAGAGAACGAAGCUGCUGAGCGCGCGGCUAAGAAGCGCAAGCACGAGACGGUGCCCGAAGGCCAGGCCCUGCUUGCCCCUCGCCUGGUCGGAGUAUCGGCAGCUAGCAGCGCCAAGAAGAGGCUCCUCGGACGAACGCCCACCAAGACGCCGAGCCGUGCGCCAGCUGUCACUCCGAGCCGAACUCCUGCGUCAGCCACCCCUAGCAAGAGAGGCGCCGUGCUGAGCCUGAGCCGGCUCAACAUGCUCGCCCGCCCCAAAAACCGCGGCUAG